AUGCAGCAGCAGCAGCAGCAGCCGCAGCAUCAGGGUGGAGGCCCGGGCCAGCAGUUCGGCCUGCAUCCCCCAGAGAUGCCGCCAUUCUCGCCGUCUAGGAGCACCGGCCAGCAGCGGAUCUCGAUGGCCGAGGCGCCCUCGCCCAUCAGCAGCCGCCCGCCGGCGCCUGGGCCGCCGCCGCCGCAGCAGCAGCUCAACAACGAGCUAGCAGGUGCCGGCCCCGUGGGCUUCGACGAAGAGGCGCUCGCGGCCGGCGAGGAAGGCUUGGGCGGCGGCGCCGGAGGAAACCGGUGGCCGCGGCAGGAGACCCUGGCGCUGCUCAAGAUCCGGUCGGACAUGGACGCCGCCUUCCGGGACGCCACCCUCAAGGGCCCACUCUGGGAAGAGGUCUCCAGGAAGCUGGCCGAGGAGGGGUACAGGCGGAACGCCAAGAAGUGCAAGGAGAAGUUCGAGAACGUUCACAAGUACUACAAGCGCACCAAGGACAGCCGCGCCGGCCGCAACGACGGCAAGACGUACCGCUUCUUCCGGCAGCUCGAGGCGAUGCAAAGCACGUCCAGUGUGACGGCGGCUCCGAUGGCAUCGGCCCCGCCGCCGGCGACAGCCGUUGGGGUGCCUGGGGUGGUGGGACCCACGGCUCUACGGCCCCUCGCCGAGCCGCCGCCUGUUGGUGCCGCGGCCGCCGCCACGGCUGGCCUGCCGACGCCAGUGGUAGUGGGCAACUUGAGCUUCUCAACGUCCAACACGGAGGAGUACUCGGACGAGGACGACUCGGACGACGAGGGCACCGACGACAUGGGCGGCGGCGCCGACGAGCGAGGGAAGAGGAAGCGGACGUCGGAGGGUGGCGCCGCGGCUGGUUCUGGCGGCGAGGCCGGGAGCGGCAAGAUGAUGAGGUUCUUCGAGGGGCUGAUGAAGCAGGUGAUGGAGCGUCAGGAGGCGAUGCAGCAGCGGUUCCUGGAGGCCAUCGAGAAGCGGGAGCAGGACCGCAUGAUCCGCGAGGAGGCGUGGCGGAGGCAGGAGAUGGCGCGCCUGGCGCGCGAGCAGGAGAUCCUCGGGCAGGAGCGCGCCAUGGCUGCUACCCGCGACGCCGCUGUGCUCUCCUUCAUACAGAAGAUCACCGGGCAGACCAUCCCCAUGCCGUCCAUCGCCGCGCAGGCCAUUACAUUCAUGCCACCGCCGCCGCCUUCGCAGCCUCACGCCACGCCCAUAGCAUACUCCGCCGCGCCAGUUCAUCCACGACCGCCGUCUUCGCAGCCACCUGCCACGCACUCGCCGCCUCAACCUCAACCCUCGCCACGGCAGCAGAAGCCGCCAACAAUGCCGCCCGUGACGCCGCAGCCGCACAAGUCGCCGGCUCCAGCGACGCCACAGCUACAGCAGCAAGCGCCGGCCGUAAAUUCAAGCUGCAUGGACAUCGUCGUGGCGCCCUCGGAAGCGCCGCACGACUCGUCGGGCUACGACGGGUCCGGUGGCGGCAGCGGACCGACAUCGUCGCGGUGGCCCAAGGCGGAGGUGCACGCGCUGAUCCAACUGCGGAGCAACCUGGACAUGAGGUACCAAGAGGCCGGGCCCAAGGGACCGCUCUGGGAAGAGAUCUCCGCCGGCAUGCGGCGGAUGGGCUACAACCGGAGCUCCAAGCGGUGCAAGGAGAAGUGGGAGAACAUCAACAAGUACUUCAAGAAGGUGAAGGAGAGCAACAAGAAGCGGCCCGAGGACUCCAAGACGUGCCCCUACUUCCACCAGCUCGAGGCGCUCUACCGCAACAAGGCGGCGCUCGGCUCCCCCUCCGGCGCCGGCGGCGCACUGGCUUUGCCGCCGCCCGCAGUGCACGCCAAUGCAGCUCCCCAGGAGCGCAUCGAGGCGUUCACCGUCGCGGCGCCGAUCUCGCAGACGGCUCCGCAGCAGCCACCUGUGGCCAAGAACGACGCCAGCAACGCCGGGAACGGCAACGGUAAUGGCGGCGGCGCGUCGGCAGGAGUCUCCGGGGGAGCGCAAAGGCUGGCGGCGAGCAACGGCGGCAGCAGGUUCGUCUUCGGCGAAGCAGGCGGAGACGCGGCGGCGAAAAAGCCAGAAGGCAUCAUGAAGGAGACGACGAUGGAGCAGAGGCAGCCACAGCCGCAGCCGCAGGCGGCGCAGCAGGCUGCGAUCAACAGCUACAACCGUACGGGCGGCGGCGGCGCCGAGAGCGACAACAUGGACGAGGACGACGAGGACGAGGACGACUACGAGGACGAGGACGAGGAGGACGACCUCGACGGCAACAAAACGCAGUACAAGAUCCAGUUCCAGGGGCAGCAACAACAUCAGAAUCAGCAUCAACAGCACCACCACAACGUUGUCAGGCCGAACGCCACCUCGUCCGGCGGCGGCAACCCGCCUGGCGCUGCCGCUCCCAGCGCGCCGGCGGCGGCAACGACGACAGCCGGAUCUUUCCUGGGCAUGGUCCAGUAG